GGCUCGGGCAAGGCUAUUGCUAAUCUCCAAGCUCGUGAGCGAGCUGCCAAACAUUAAUCAUGACGAGAUCUCUCAUCAGAAUACUCUUGGCUGGCGGCGUCAUCGUCCAGUUGACCGGACAAUCGGUUCAAGAGAUUAAAAAUUAUACUGAAAAAGAGGAGAGAGGAAAGCCGUCCAAUUCAGGCUUGGAUGAAGGGCUGGAGAAGGAUUUUUAUUUAGCUGAGGAGUUUGGAAUAAAGGCGAUGAAUCAACUGUAUGACAUUGAGGAGCCCAAGUUGUUUUCUAAUGGAGUAUUUUUAGCGGAUGAGCAUCCAGCGCGGUACGUUGCAGCAUUCAAUCGUCAAUCAGAGGAAGCAAAGGAUUUGGCUAAAGUCGCAUAUGCAGCGCUCAAAGGCUCUGGGAAACUUGCAGAAAAGUAUGCAAAUAUGACAGAUCCUGUAACAAGUCAACUCGUGAGAGAGGCCACGUCCACCUGGACUUUCCGAAGGGCUGGAUUUCGCGAACGAUGCCCUAGAAAUGAUCACCCCAAUUGCCCACCAGCGAGUCAAAAAUACCGAACUGCCGACGGAAGUUGCAAUAAUCUAGAGCACUUGUGGUGGGGCUCGGCCAUGUCUACAAUGCAGAGAUUUUUAGAUCCAGUUUAUGGUGAUGGAAUUGAGUCCAUAAGGAGAUCACGAAGAACCGGACGGCCACUGCCAAGUCCACGCGAUAUUUCCGUUUUAAUACAUGAGGAUAGGAAUAUUCCGCUUGCUUCAGUCACGCACAUGCUAAUGCAGUGGGGACAGUUCGUCGAUCAUGAUAUCACUGCGGCUGCACAGUCCCGAGGCUUCAACGGCACAUUCCCCCAGUGCUGUCGGAAUCGCGGAGCCGAAUUCCAACCACCGGAAUUCAUGCAUCCUGAUUGCCUCCCCAUCAUAGUUAAUCCACAGGAUCGAUUCUUUGGGAGGCACGGUGUGAGAUGCCUGGAAUUUGUGAGGAGUGGGCCAGCACCUAGAGAAAAUUGUGGCUUUGGUCCGCGUGAGCAGUUAUCCCAGGUCACAAGUUUCAUAGAUGCAUCGAUGGUUUACAGCAAUAAUGCUGUGCACAGCGAUAGCCUGCGGAUCUUUCGGAACGGUCUCUUGCAGUACGGAAAAAUUCAGUCUCGAAAGCCACUACUCCCAAAAGGUGAGCCAGAUGACCUCUGUCGACGUGGUUCAUUAUCAACGAAUUGCUUCCGAGCUGGUGAUGCCCGUUUGAGUGAACAACCCGCUCUCACGUCACUCCAUGUAGUUUUUCUCAGACUGCAUAAUAGAAUAGCCACCGAAUUGGCUGCACUGAAUUCCCACUGGAGUGACGAGAAACUGUUUCAGGAGAGUCGUAAAAUCGUUGGUGCACUGGUGCAGCAUGUUACAUACAGGGAAUAUUUACCCAUUGUCCUCGGACCGGAAGUGAUGAGAAUUUUCGAUCUCGAGCUGGUGAGGGAUGGAUAUUACAAGGGAUAUGAUUCAACGAGCAAUCCUAAUAUAGCCAAUUCAUUCUCCGCUGCGGCGUAUCGAUUUGGACACUCUUUGGUUCAGCCUAGUUUCGCCCGAUACGAUAGGGAUCAUCGUGUGAUAUUCGAUAACAUAACAAUUCACGGAGAAUUCGGUAACCGCGAGGACCUCCAAAGUGUGGGCUCAGUGGAUCGUAUCCUCCUUGGCCUGGUGAAUCAGCCAUCCCAAAGACGUGACGAAUUCAUAACGGAGGAGUUGACCAAUCAUCUGUUUCAAAUACCCGGCUUUUCAUUCGGCAUGGAUUUGGCGGCAAUAAACAUUCAACGCGGCCGGGACCACGGCCUGGCUCCGUACGUUAAUUGGCGUCAGCCCUGCGGUUUAUCGCCCGUGAAAACAUGGAAAGAUUUGGAACGCGUGACUUCAGUGUCAAUAACACGAAAUUUCCGUAGAAUUUACGAAACAAUAGAGGACAUUGACCUCUACUCAGCUGGUUUGGCGGAGAAACCAGUUGUGGGUGGACUGGUCGGGCCGACAUUUGCCUGCAUAAUAGCCCAACAGUUUACUAAUCUCCGUAAAGGGGAUAGAUUCUGGUAUGAAAAUCCCCACAGCCAGAGCAGUUUCAGCCUCCCCCAACUGGAGCAGAUCCGUCGAAUGUCAUUGGCAAAAAUAUUAUGCAAAACUCUGGACAAUAUCGACACAAUCCAGCCCUUUGUAUUCCUAACAACAGACACCCUCCGAAACGGAAGACUCUCGUGCGACGAUGAACGAUUGGGACAACUAAAUCUUCAUCCCUGGACAGAGGGAAAAAAUAAAAACAUCCCCCUGGACCUCGAAGACCCCCCAAACACCCUGAACACAGUCUCCGGGGAAUCAGAGAACAUCGGACUCGCCGCAAAAACCAAGCCAGUUUCCAGCGAAGCCAAGAUGUUACCCUGGCAAAAGCCCAAGCCCGUGAGAACCAACGUCAACCAGAAGAAUCGUAUAAUAGUAAAACGUCCCAUCUUCUCUCAAGACAACGUAACAAUCGUCGUUCAAAAUCACGCUGUCAAUUCUCCAGUGUUCGUAACUGACGCUAUUUAUAAUUCCCACGUGCAGGGGCUCGAGCAGUUGCCCUCUGGGCCAUCCCACAGGCCUCCAGCGUCAAAGCCAUUAUCAAAGCCCCCAUUAUCACAUUUACCGCAAAUUAAUUAUCCUGGAAGCGAUCCUUCAUUAACACAGGUGAAUGAUCAGAGUAAUUAUCCCUUCCCAGAGGUGGAGAGUGGGGGAUUUCCUGGUGUAGCUAGUCCUCCCCAUGGAGUCAAUUCUGGUUAUCAGACUGGAGGGGAUAUAUCGUUAGGUGGCAGUAGCUUUGGGUAUCACACGGGUCAUUCCCCAUCUGCUCCGAGUGCUCCUGGGUAUUUGGGGGCAAAUGGAAGCCUGGGAUCUUACGGAAAUCUGGGACAACAGCCGCAGAUAAUUCCUAGCUACCUUGCUGGAAUUAGACCCUACGUCUCGGCCUAUUCAGGCUAUCCACUUCUCCAACUUAAUCUCGACAAUCCAAAUCCACAACAAUCGACAUCAACGAGCCCCACAUCAAGACCCGAUUCCCCCAAUUUCCCACCACUACCCUACCACAGCUACGGCUAUCACCAGUACCAGAGUCCCAAUGACUGGCUGAAACCAAUCUACCGUCCAAACACCGAUGAAACUCAACUCUCAUUACACCCGGCAUUAAUUUCCAGCGCUAGUUACGCCAUGAGAGCCAACUGGAAGACCAUUACUCAUAAAGAUGAUGAGACGGAUAUUAAUUAUGAUGUACCAAAGCCGCUUGCAAGUUUUUCAAAGCCAGAGAGCGAGAAAGGGGCUCCGAUUACCACUGGGGAAUAUGUUAACAGUCCUGACUUCACUACCACGAUGAGAGACAUUUAUUCAAGUAGUGAUGAGCUUCCAAGACCUUUGAGGCGAAUACCACGAGAAAUGUAGUUUUAAUUCAUAUCAAUCAUGCUAAUGGGUGUACGUAUACUCCACUUUAAUUUGAUAUCCUGUUGUCCAAAAAAAGAGAACUGUAAGAACCACAGAGGCGAAUAAAGAGAACAAGGAAAGACAAAAAAGAUGAAAUAGAAAUUGGGUCAAUGGAAUAUCGAAUGUGCUUCCCAGAACUCAAUACUCAGCAAAUGCAGAAAGAAUUCGUAACGUCCAUUGAAUGAAGACUAA